AUGCAGCGCGAGCUGCCGCUUCUCCAUGGACAAAUCAGUCUCUCCACGGCCCUAGUCGACGAUGACAAUGUCCUCCAAGAGCUCUCCUAUCCCGAUCAGCGAUUCGAGUUCUAUACAUGCCAUGUCGGGGAAGUCAAAGAGUGGAUGACCGGGAGCUUCAACGUAUGCAUACUAGUUGACAUUGAUGGGCAGGACGACAAUGCACCCAAACGGGUUCUCAUCAGGUUUCCUUUGCCCUACAAGGUAGGGGAAAUUCAACAUCCGGGCAACGCCGACGAGAAGCUUCGCUGCGAGGCUGCAACCUUUAUCUGGAUUCGGCAGAACUGUCCUUCUAUACCAAUGCCUCGAUUGUGGGGCUUCGCGUUUGCACAAGGCCCGUGUUUUACCGCGAUUCAGCAGACCCCCGUCUUCAGCCGACUGCAAUGGUAUUUUCGCCGUGUAGUUUCCACCGAUACGGUGAUGCUUUCUGAAUCUUGGGAUAAGUUACGCCACGAUCAAAAACGCAGAACCAACCUUUUUCGCGGGUUGAGUCAAAUCAUCUUAUCCUUAUCUCAGUCUCCUUUCGACCGCAUCGGAUCUCUAACAAUCGAUAAUCAAGGGACUAUAAAACAUACCAAUCGCCCCCUAACGCUUCGCCUCCACCAUCUCGAAAACGAGUCCGUCCCCACCAACAUGGACAGGGACCUUACAUAUUCAACAAGCGACAGCUACUUUAUGGACAUGCUAUCCUAUCACGACAGUCGGUUGCGCCACGCCCCGAAUUCAAUACGGGACAAGGCCGAUGGCGAAGCACAGCUGUCAACCCUGACCAUCAUGCGAGCUCUGUUGCCACAUUUCUCCCACCGCGAUUACCGGCGUGGGCCCUUUAUUAUGACCUUGACGGAUCUACAUCAAAGUAACCUCUUUGUCGACAGUGACUGGAACAUCAAGUCGCUCGUCGAUCUCGAGUGGACAUGUUCACUACCGGUUGAGAUGCUCCAUCCGCCCUACUGGCUCACUAGUCGUGGGGUGGACCAGUUAUAUAAAGGAGGGCAUCUCGAUGCUUUCAGCGAAAUUCAUGCCGAAUUCAUGAAUGUCUUCGAGGAGGAAGAACAAGCUCGUUCUCGAGUGUGGGGUAAAGCCAUCGGUCUCACAAGUAUCAUGAGGAAAGGCUGGGAAAUGGGGAAUUUCUGGUAUUUCCACGCCCUUGAAACCCCCAAAGGUUUAUAUAAUAUCUUCCUAGAGCACAUACAACCAAGGUUCUCGAAACUGGAUGACGCAGGGAUGGUGGAGUUUGAACGGACCAUCUCGCCAUAUUGGGCACCGGACAUCCAAAAAUUCCUUGAUGACAAGAUGAAGGAUAAAGAGAUAUACGAAGGUCAUCUUCGUGCUGCCUUCACAAGAAGAACCAUUAACUCUGGGCCACCUGCUGCGAGUUGA